AGGAUCCUUUUAACCCUUUUCAAUCAUCUCUCAACCAUACCUCAAAUCCAUAUAUUGAAUGUAAUGAUAACAACAAUUUGAGUAAGACUCGUACACGUUUAUCACCUAAUAAUUCUGCUAUGCAUCGAAUUAUUAAAAAAGUCCCACAUAAGAAGCGCCGUAAAUCUAAGCUCAAGUCUCAUUUUAAUUGUAAUCAAAAUUUAAAAUCAACUUUGCUUUCUAUGGAAAAAAAUAUGAAAACCGAAUUGAAAGAAAAUCAACAACCAACAGUGCAGUUUUCUACAAUUCAUUCAGCUUUUGUAAAGUCAAAUGAAAUGCUUAAUCAAAAGUCAAUGUCGAAAAUCUCACAGAAUAAGCACUCAAAAGUCAAUGAUAAUAAUAAUAAUGAAAGGAGGAAAAGACCGUUAUCAAUAAAUAUUGUCGAUUCGUUUCGUAGUUUACUACAACCAUUUUAGGCGGAUAUGUGUGUGUGUUUUUUUUGUAUAAACUAUUUCUAUGAACAGAUCAGUUGAUUUUUAUCGAUUUUAUAACAAUGAUGACUGUAAAUUAUUCAAUGGUUGAGAAACCUUUUUUUUUUUGGAAAUUAUUUUUGUAUAUAAACAAAUUAUAGCAAUAAAAUUGUAUAUA